AUGUCAAUCGUAACAGUCAUUGUAACUACACCCGAAAAUAUCAACGCUGAAAGAAGACUUGACAAAGGAUGGACCAUUUUGGACCUCAAGUAUAAACUCGAGCCCAUUACGGGCGUCCCGGCUGAUACCCAAAAACUAAGCCUGUACCAGGGAGAAUCGCUUGUUGGACCUAUUGACGACGACGAGCGUAUGGUGGGAUCCUAUCCAAUCGAAGAUUUCAUGCGGCUACACGUCGUUGACACGAACCCAAAUCGGAUAAAGAACCAAUACACGGACGUAUCCUUGGUGGAAAAAUUCGAACUGACCGAGGAUGAGUACCAGAAACGCACGGAUACUGUCCGUGCAUUUAAGGAACGUAACAAAUUGGGGCGUUUUUCAGCAGAAGCACAAGAACAAAUGGCACAGUUUGCAAAUGAAAAUGAACGUGCAGCAGCCAGUAUCAAAAUAGGCGAUCGGUGCGAGGUCGCAUUGUCAGAAGAUGCUCUUAAUCGGCGGCGUGGAACAGUUCGUUUCGUCGGCACGACGGAAUUCCAGCCGGGUGUGUGGGUUGGUGUACAGUAUGAUGAACCCAUGGGUAAAAACGAUGGUACUGUUCAAGGCACUCGGUAUUUCUCUUGUCCUCCUAAGUAUGGUGCGUUUGUCCGGCCAAUCAAGGUGACCGUGGGCGACUUUCCGGAGGAGGAUUUAAUGGCUACUGAUGAUGAAUUGGAAGAAAUGUAA